UUGAAAUCUUUGGCUUGAACAUAUAUGCAUCGUGAGUCUCUUGCCCACCGAUAGCUACUUGGAGCAACGAAUGGCAAUCUCAUCAUCUUCUCCGAUGCUCUCUCCCCUUAGUUUCUCUUCGACAACAGACAAUCUUUCACUUUUUAACACCACUUUCUCCAAACCCGUUCCCCCAAAACGACUCCCCGUUUUUGUUUGCUCUUACAAAUCAGGGCCUGGGUUGACCAGUGACGACAAGAAAGAGUUGCUGAAACAAUACGGGCUUGACCCAGAUGAGUUUUUAUCUGAUCCCUCUUCGAAGAGUAGAAGGAGAAAGGAAGAGCAAAAGAGAGGAAGAGGAUCAAAGCUUGUGUCAGAGGAGGAACCUCAGGAAUCAAGAACCACUCAUAAACUCCUUCAAGUGCUUGGAGGAAAGGCUAGGAGAAAGAAAUUGCUGUCUCCAAAGGGCAUGGAUGUGAGACCAAUGAUGGAAGUUGUUAAAGGUGCAGCCUUUGAUAUUCUGCAGGUAGCUAGUGGUUCUCCUGCAUCCUUAAGGCCUGGUCGCUGGUUAGACUUGUAUAGUGGCACUGGAUCUGUUGGUAUUGAAGCUAUCAGCCGAGGAUGUUCUGAGGUGCAUUUUGUCGAGAUGGACCCUUGGGUUGUUUCCAAUGUUCUGCAACCAAACUUGGAAUGGACUGGGUUUCUUGAUGUUUCGUCUAUACAUACUGUUCGUGUUGAAGAUUUCUUAGAUCGAGCAAAGCAAUUCAUAGGUAAAGACGGAGCAUUUGACUACAUUAGUGUUACACCUCCGUAUACAGAAGUGGAUUAUGGGGUACUUAUGGAUCAAAUUUCAAAGUCUGCCUUGGUUGGAAAGGAUACCUUUAUUGUAGUGGAGUAUCCUUUAAGAACAGAUAUGCUGGAUUCAUGUGGAUGUCUUGUAAAGAUAAAAGAUCGAAGGUUUGGUCGGACACAUCUGGCAAUAUAUGGACCUGAGUGGGCACAAAAGAAAAGAAAGUCAGAAAGGACACUUAAAACAGCAUGGAUACAUUGAAAGUCAAUGAUACAUCUAAAGGUUGUAAAAUCUACUCCUCUACCCUCUAGUUGAUGUACUCCACUCCGCUCCAGGAAUCUUCAUGGUUUUAUUGUUGCUUUGCUGAGGACUCAAAAGGGGGAGAGACUCCAUUGUGGUGGUUGUUGAUAGGUUUUCAAAGAUAACCCAUUUCAUCUUAUACCGCAAGAUGGAUGAUGCUGGUUUGGUGGUGGAAUCCUUUGGUUGGUGGUGUCUUUUGGAUUGUUUUUUGGGCAUUUAUCUUCAUAUGUUAUCAUUUAUUACUUGUGUGUUUGUAUCUUGAGUUGGUCAAACUUGAUUACAUUUUUUUGUUGAAAUUUGAGCCUUAACUUAAUCAACGCUUGGUAUUUGGUUACACAUCAAUGGGUAUUAGAGCCUUGAUUGCUCAAGGGUGAGUUAUUUUCUUCGUUUCACUUGUAUGUUGUUGGAUGAAUUGGGAGGAGUCUUGACAACCUUCAAUGUGGAACUCUUGUCAUCGUAUUUAGAAGAUGAGAACCUCUCGGAUUUGAGGACAAAUCCUUCUCAACUUAGAGAGAACAAUGUGGAUUCGGCCCAUGAUCAACAAUUAAGCUCCAACAAUUCAAGUUUUACCAACUCAAUCGAAGCUUAAUGAAGUUACUUGUUUAUUUAAUUAUGUUUUAGUUAAUUUUGUAAAAGAUUAAUCAUAUACUUUGUUUUGUAAAAUUGUUAGUUUUG